ACGGUCGACAAAUAACAGCCAGAGUGCCAGGUGCUGUAGUAGUAGUACAACGGGGCAGCACUGCACUGCACUGCAACUGCGAAUUUCCGUCAGCUUGGAGCGGUCCAAGCGCCCUGCGAAGCAAACUACGCCGAUGGCUUCGGCGGCGGCGUGGGAGGGUCCGACGGCCGCGGAGCUGAAGACAGCGGGGGCGGAGGUGAUUCCCGGCGGCGUGCGAGUGAAGGGGUGGGUCAUCCAGUCCCACAAAGGCCCUAUCCUCAACGCCGCCUCUCUGCAACGCUUUGAAGAUGAACUUCAAACAACACAUUUACCUGAGAUGGUUUUUGGAGAGAGUUUCUUGUCACUUCAACAUACACAAACUGGCAUCAAAUUUCAUUUUAAUGCGCUUGAUGCACUCAAGGCAUGGAAGAAAGAGGCACUGCCACCUGUUGAGGUUCCUGCUGCAGCAAAAUGGAAGUUCAGAAGUAAGCCUUCUGACCAGGUUAUACUUGACUACGACUAUACAUUUACGACACCAUAUUGUGGGAGUGAUGCUGUGGUUGUGAACUCUGGCACUCCACAAACAAGUUUAGAUGGAUGCGGCACUUUGUGUUGGGAGGAUACUAAUGAUCGGAUUGACAUUGUUGCCCUUUCAGCAAAAGAACCCAUUCUUUUCUACGACGAGGUUAUCUUGUAUGAAGAUGAGUUAGCUGACAAUGGUAUCUCAUUUCUUACUGUGCGAGUGAGGGUAAUGCCAACUGGUUGGUUUCUGCUUUUGCGUUUUUGGCUUAGAGUUGAUGGUGUACUGAUGAGGUUGAGAGACACUCGGUUACAUUGCCUGUUUGGAAACGGCGACGGAGCCAAGCCAGUGGUACUUCGUGAGUGCUGCUGGAGGGAAGCAACAUUUGCUACUUUGUCUGCGAAAGGAUAUCCUUCGGACUCUGCAGCGUACGCGGACCCGAACCUUAUUGCCCAUAAGCUUCCUAUUGUGACGCAGAAGACCCAAAAGCUGAAAAAUCCUACCUGACUGACACAAAGGCGCCCUACCGCGUGUACAUCAUGACUGUCCUGUCCUAUCGUUGCCUUUUGUGUUUGCCACAUGUUGUGGAUGUACGUUUCUAUGACGAAACACCAUAGUCCAUUUCGCCUGGGCCGAACAGAGAUAGCUGAUUGUCAUGUCACGUUUGAAUUAGACCAUUCCUUAGCCCUUUUUCCCCCUCUUCUUAUUCUCUCUGUCUACCAGUCUAUAAAACGUCUUACAUUUGUUGACCUGAA